GUCGCUUGUUCAUUGAAUUGUAAAUUGUAACAAAACAAAUCAGUUGGUGAUUUAUUAAUUUUUGUGUUUUGGUUUAUCCAAAUUCCUUUGUCUGAAUGUGAUGAUAACAAAUGAAACUUUAGAUUUGGCUUUAACCACAAUAAAGAUAAUUCUUCUGAUAUUAGAAGUUUCCAACUAUGACUAUACUGACAAGUUCUAUUAUCAGUUUUAGAUUUUAGAGAUGUCGACCAUAACUACAAAUGCUCCAUCCUCUGCAGAUGCUUGCUUGAGCAUUGUUCAUAGUUUGAUGUGCCACAGACAAGGUGGUGAAAGUGAAGGUUUUGCUAAAAGAGCAAUAGAAUCCUUAGUUAAAAAAUUGAAAGAAAAGAGAGAUGAACUAGAUUCUUUGAUCACAGCUAUUACUACUAGUGGUGCUCAUCCUAGCAAAUGUGUAACCAUACAGAGGACACUGGAUGGUCGUCUCCAAGUUGCAGGACGCAAAGGUUUUCCACAUGUAAUAUAUGCCCGAAUAUGGCGAUGGCCAGAUCUUCAUAAGAAUGAACUCAAACAUGUAAAAUACUGCCAGUUUGCUUUUGACCUGAAGUGUGACUCAGUUUGUGUAAACCCAUAUCACUACGAAAGAGUAGUGUCACCUGGUAUUGACCUAUCUGGAUUGACGUUACAAUCUGGGGCACCAAGAUUGGUGAAAGAUGAAUACACAGCAGGACCAGGUAGCAGUAUGGAUAUAGAAGGGAUUGAAGGUAUCUCACAAACUAUACAACAUCAUCCUCCACAGCAGAAUUUCACCAUCACUGGGCUACAAACUGCCCCUGCAAGUGAUCCUGGAUUAUAUAAUUCAACGAACAGGCCUGUUUUGGGGUCGACAACAGUACCUAAAAUUGAAAGUGGACAAGAUACGUGUUCCAGAACGAACUGGGUACCCCAUAUGCAUAUGCAUCGUCAAAACCAAGUAACCUCCAGUAAUAUAACCAACCAACCGCAAACCGGAAGGUCAGGUACACCGAUUCAUGUGACAUCAUCGAGCAACCAAUUCUAUACGACCACCCAGCCUUCAGUAGUGUCGGAUAGCAGAUCUCAGGAAGCCAUAUCACAAAACCUAGCCAGUAAUUCCCCGGUAUCUCCUCAUCUCCAGCAAAACGGUUUCAAUACCACUCCGAACAACACAGUAGCUUCCAGCAAUAAUGGGACAGUUUCGGGUACGCAAGCAACACCUACUAUUGGUCAAGCUUUACCUGGUGCUGGUGGUACGUGGACUGGCUCGAAUACUUUAACCUAUACACAUUCAAUGCAACCGCCUGAAAGAAAUCACCAUAAUGCCUAUUGGAAUCACAAUUCAUCAACCCAGAUGGGAGGGGAAGUCAACAUCGCAGGCCUACUCUCCACCCAGCCUGCCCCUGAGUACUGGUGUUCAGUGGCGUAUUUUGAACUCGAUACACAAGUUGGAGAAACAUUCAAAGUUCCCUCAAACUGCCCGAACGUCACUAUCGAUGGAUACGUCGAUCCUUCAGGAGGUAAUAGAUUUUGUUUGGGCGCCUUGAGCAAUGUUCAUAGGACGGAACAAAGUGAAAGGGCACGUUUACACAUCGGCAAAGGGGUGCAGCUUGACCUGAGGGGUGAAGGAGACGUUUGGUUGAGGUGUUUAAGUGACCAUUCUGUAUUUGUGCAGAGUUAUUAUCUGGAUAGGGAGGCUGGAAGGCAACCAGGAGAUGCUGUUCACAAAAUAUAUCCUGGGGCUUACAUCAAGGUGUUUGAUUUACGUCAGUGCCACCAUCAGAUGACUUCUCAAGCUGCUACUGCUCAAGCUGCUGCGGCAGCCCAGGCAGCUGCAGUUGCUGGUCAUAUUCCUGGACCUCAUUCUGUGGGAGGAAUCGCGCCAGCUAUAAGUUUGUCUGCCGCCACUGGAAUCGGUGUUGAUGACUUGCGAAGGCUGUGCAUACUGAGAUUGAGCUUUGUCAAAGGUUGGGGCCCCGACUACCCUCGUCGACAGUCGAUCAAGGACACUCCUUGCUGGAUCGAAGUCCACCUACACAGAGCCCUACAGUUGCUGGACGAAGUUUUGCAUACAAUGCCAAUCGAUGGGCCCCGAGGAAUAGAGUAAGCCAGAUUCCCAGGAUUAUAGUGAUUUUUUUGUCUAUUGAUUGCAUAUCGUCAGCUUAAAUUAUCAACCAGUUAACUCCAAAAUUAGCAGUUUUGUGAAAGUACCUUGAAACUAAGUAGAAUACUAAUUUAUAUUAAUGACA